AGAACUUGAGUCUCUUAAAACAGAAAUGAAGAAUUUGCAGAUACAACUGGAUAUUUUAAAAGCUACCAUCACUAAAACUCAGAAAGCUAUCCUUGCCCCCAAUGGUGUGAUUGUGGCUGAAAAAAUAUUCAAAACAGAUGGCUCCAGAGGUGAUUUUGAUGCUGCACAAGCCCACUGUGUGCACAUGGGUGGGACUCUGGCUGUGCCAAGGAAUGCUGCAGAGAAUAGCGCCCUCCAGCAAAUAGUGACAUGGCAUAACGCAAGAGCAGUUCUUGGAAUCAGCGACAGGGCAACAGAAGGAAAGUUUGAGGAUCUCAAGGGCCAAGUCAUCGAGUACUCAAAUUGGGCAUCAGGAGAACCAAAUGAUGCCGGCAAUGAAGACUGUGCAGAAAUGCAUCCGGAUGGCAAGUGGCAUGAUAGAGGUUGUGCACUUGAGUGGUUAGUCAUCUGUGAAUUCUGAAAACUUGAUUUGUCUUUUCACAAAAAAGAAAAGAAAAAGAAGAUAAUAGAAACAUACAAUUUGUUUUGCUUAUAUAAAGUUUUCUCAGGAAGAUGCAGUUUAUUUUGAUUAUAUUUUGAGUAAGUUAAACACAUGCUUCCAGCAUCUAUAUAGUAGGUUUUCUCUGAAUACAGAAGUUGACACUGCUGAGCUAUAGGUAAAUUAAUAGCAUUCUGAUCAACAUCUGUUGCUUAUUGUUUUUAUAUUGUUACCCAGUUCACACUAUUCCAGUCCUAUGGUUUUUUAAAUGCAUUCACUUGAGCAUUGAAAACUUUGAGACAGCUACAGAAGGACACAAUUCGUCUGACAAUGGAGUAGAGAGACCAUCACUCGAUACAAAAGAUCCUGACUGCAAGCUAUUUUUUAAAAAAUCCUGUUCUCUGCUUAAAUACUUGUUGUUGUUCAUUCGUUCAGUCGUCUCCGACUCUUCGUGACCUCAUGGACCAGCCCACGCCAGAGCUCCCUGUCGGCCAUCACCACCCCCAGCUCCUUCAAGGUCAGUCCAGUCUCUUCAAGGAUGCCAUCCAUCCAUCUUGCCCUUGGUCGGCCCCUCUUCCUUUUACCUUCCAAAGGCUUUAGAAUAGUCAAUGAAACAGAGAUGUUUUUCUGAAACCUAAAUUUUCUGAAGCUUAAAUACUAGUGAGGUGCAUUGUUAUUGUUUUUUUCUUCACGUGCUUGGGUUUCAGCUUUUCAUAAACUGCAAUGCAAUAUAUUCUUAAAGGCAGCUAACUGGAAAUGAUCCACCAUAAAGAAAACUUGAUUCCCUGUAACUUGUCCUCAUUUGGCAAGAAUAAGGCUGAUUAAUCCUUUGUCAUCCCACUUUU